GUUUCUCGACAAAGGCUGUGGUUUGUCGUCUGAGCCAAGAUGGCGGUUGUUAUGGUUGACGUUCACGGCAAGUAAACAAGAAGAUUACUUCAAGUACAGUUGUUGAGAUUGCAACUUAGUUCGCUUCGACAUGGCGGCAGAAAACAGCCCCUCGUUCACGCUGUCCGGCCUGGGGUCGGCCUUCGCGCAUCGUCAGCGGGACCUGUUCGCGUGUCUGGACGCUGCGGACAAGGAGCGGGAGGCCACCCCCAAGCAGCCCCUGCUGCACCCGCACGAGGAUGAGGACGACAGGCCCAGGCAGAGGCCCAGGAGCCCGGUAGAGCAAGGCAGGAGACGGGAAGCCCCUACCAAACAGUUCAGGGGCAAGGAGAGCAUAUUCAAGCGGCCAGAGAUGCCAGCUCCCAGGCGUGCUCGGAACAGCCUCGCAGACCAUCAACGCAAUCCUCACAAGUGGACAAAAUACAGCCUGGGGGACGUGUCAUCUCAGGACAUGUCAGACCGUAGCAAUACUGCAGCAGCACUCUCAUUCCUGCAGGAACUCAAGGCCAGGAAGGACAACAGCAGUGACAUGGAUGUCGAUGAGCCGUCUCCAACAAAACCAAUUGUGUUCAAGCCUGUGCGGCCCAAGACUGAGAGACUCACUUCAAGCUUAGGUGCCGUGAGCACAGUAUCAACUUCUGCGACAUCAGAGGAGGGUGAUCGUCCCUCUUUCCGCAGUAGCAAAUUGGUGAUGCCAGAAUACGUCGUCGGUCAGAAGACAACAUCAAAAAAGAAGUCACGCACUGGUGUCAGUCAAGCAGAGGACAAAGGCAAAGGUCACAAGCAGAAGGAAAUCAGUUUGGGGCAUCUUUUGGAUGAAGAGGAUGAUGAAUGAGAACUGUUAAAGCACAUAUGAUCAACUCAUCAGUUUCAUUUCAGAGUCUCCUUUCAAUUUUAUCAAUACUAGAGCUUAGCAAGUGUGAAAAAUGAAUGCUCUAUUGCAGAUUGUAUUAUCUUCAGUCAGCUCUUUGCUUUCUGUAACGUCAAGUCACAAAAAUUGUCAAGGAAAGGACACACAGCUUAUCAACCCACCAGUAAUAAAAUUUAUUGACUAUAGCAUGGAAUAUUUGGCAUAACUUUUAAACCUGAUGAUUGUAAGUGCGACAGGAAAGGCUGUGAUUCAAGCUUUCAAUAUGACUUCCUCUAUAUUCUGGACUUGCAGUGUAGAAGGAAAAGCAUUUGUGUAUAAAUGUAGAUAUCUUAAACUCUUGGAACUGUCCUUGAAGGAAAAUAAAUACGUACCAAUGUA